AUGGAGGCUUCAACAACAACAACGACAGUCCUACCACAGGUUUCUCAAGAGUCUGAAGCCAUGUCUACUCACAGCCUUCCCCCUACACCUCCAGGCACAGCAAAGCCGUCCCGUAUAGGCAGUUUUCAUGACCUACAAGAGAUCUCGCCAAUCGAGCCGCCUCAACUUAAUCAUUUCAAGUCUUAUCCUCUUCCUCCCAAACGCCUACCAAAAUCCAUCCUCAAGGAGGAUCUUAAAACCCCUGACAGUUUUGUCGAGAGAGAUGCUCGCCUAAUUCGUCUUACUGGAGUCCAUCCGUUCAAUGUCGAGGCACCCCUGAGCGACUUAUACGACGAUGGUUUCUUGACCAGCGAAAACCUCCAUUAUGUCCGGAACCACGGACACGUUCCAAGAUGCGAAGAUGACGAGAUCCUUGACUGGGAAUUCGAAGUGAAUGGUCUCGUCGAUAACCCUAUCAAGAUGACCGUACGAGAUCUCAUCAACGACUACCAGCAAUUAACAUAUCCAGUAACAUUUGUCUGUGCUGGAAACCGCCGGAAAGAACAAAACAUUGUACGCAAGACUAAGGGUUUCUCUUGGGGUGCUGCCGGCUUGUCAACUGCUCUCUGGACCGGUGUUGCUAUCGGUGAUCUCCUUGCUGCAGCAAAGCCCAAGCGUGGAGCCAGAUAUGUUUGCCUUGAAGGGGCUGACAAGCUACCCAAUGGUUACUACGGAACUUCUGUGAAGCUCAACUGGUGCAUGGAUCCCAACAGAGGCAUCAUGGUUGCGCACAAAAUGAACGGCAACCCCCUACAUCCUGACCAUGGCAAGCCUGUCCGUAUAGUCAUCCCUGGACAGAUCGGUGGACGGAGUAUUAAGUGGCUGAAAAAGAUUACUGUUACUCAAGAGCCCAGCGAUAACUGGUACCAUAUCUACGACAACCGUGUCCUGCCUACCAUGGUCUCGCCUGAGGAGAGUGCAAACUUACCCGAGGUCUGGAAGGACGAAAGGUACGCCAUCUACGACCUCAACACGAACAGUGCAAUCUGUUAUCCUGCGCACGAAGAGAAAAUCCCCUACAAAGAUGCCCCUCCAAGUUACAAAGCACGAGGAUAUGCCUACGCCGGUGGUGGAAGACGGAUCACAAGAGUCGAAAUCACACUCGAUAAGGGCAAGACCUGGAGACUUGCAAGCAUUCGAUACCAUGAGGACGAUUACCGCAACGCACCAGAGGGUGACACUCUAUACGGCGGGCGAGUCGACAUGUGGUGGCGAGAGACAUGCUUCUGCUGGUGCUUCUGGGAUCUAGAUAUCGCUAUGGAUGAACUUAGAGAUGCCGACGAUAUUAUGAUGCGCGCCAUGGAUGAUUCCAUGAAUGUGCAGCCCCGAGACCUGUAUUGGAGUGUUCUCGGCAUGAUGAACAAUCCUUGGUUCCGCAUUGUAAUCCAGAAGGAAGCUCAUGGACUUCGUUUUGAGCACCCGACUCAUCCUACACUAAAGAUGAAAGGCUGGAUGGAACGUGUCAAAGAAGCUGGUGGAAAUCUUGCAAACGGCUACUGGGGUGAGAAGGCUCCUGGUGAAAUCCAGGAAGUGGUAGUGAAGGAGCCUGAGAAACAGAUUGUCAUGACAAACCCCCAGGUCAAUCGCCAGAUCACUAUUCAGGAGCUCAAGGCCCAUUCCGGCGAACAAGAGCCAUGGUUUGUUAUCAAUGGUGAAGUCUACGAUGGCACUCCCUAUCUCUCAGGCCAUCCUGGCGGUGCAGCAUCUAUCUUUGGUGCAGCAGGCCAGGACGCGACUGAAGAAUUCAUGGCUAUCCAUAGCGAAAAUGCCAAGGCUAUGUUGCCGACUUACCAUAUUGGCACCCUCGACGAAGAUUCCCGUGCCAUUCUCAGUGGUGAUGCAACCACAACAAAUGACGAUUCAAGCCGAGAGGUUUUCCUCCAGGCCAAGGCAUGGAGCAAGGCCAUCCUUGACAAUAAAACAUCCAUUUCACCAGAUACAAAGAUCUUCUCGUUCAAGCUCAACCACGAAAGUCAACAGAUAGGCCUCCCUACUGGCCAGCAUCUCAUGAUGCGUCUUCGAGAUCCGGCCACCCGUGAAGCCAUCAUUCGCUCUUACACACCUUACUCAGAUGGCUCAGACUGCGGCCGUCUUGAGAUCCUCAUAAAGAUAUACUACGAUACUCCCCAGCGCAAGGGUGGUGCCAUGACACAAGCACUCGACUCUCUUCCCCUCGGCCAUUGGGUCGACUUCAAGGGCCCUGUAGGAAAGUUUGUUUACCACGGCAAUGGUCUCUGCACCAUUGGCGACAGAAAGCGCCAGGUCCGCCGCUUCAUCAUGGUCUGUGGUGGCUCUGGCAUCACUCCCAUCCGCCAAGUGCUUCGAGCUGUUAUGCAUGACCCCAAAGACACAACGCCUUGUCUUGUCUUCAAUGGUAAUCGUGGCGUGGAGGAUAUACUUUGUAAGCAGGAGCUGGAUGAAUUGGAAACAGCCAAUCCUUCAAGGUGCCGUGUAUUCAAUGCACUCACAAACCCCCCACCUGUUUGGGAUGGGAUCCGGGGUUUUGUGAACCAGGCUUUGGUCCCUGAGCAGAUGGUUCUACCAAAGGCUAAUGGUGAAGGUGAUGAGCUGGUGCUUGUGUGCGGCCCUCCGCCGAUGGUCAAGGCUGUUGAGGCGGCAUUUAUUGGCAUGGGGUUCAAAUCAGACGACUUUGUGUUCUUCUAG